AUCUCACCACGCUACAAAUCUCGUUCCGAAAUCUCGCGAUAACUCGCGACAAAACACCGGUGGAAAAACAGUUACCUGACUGAGGUGAAGAGAGAUGACUGAAGUGAUUUUCUGUUGGAUUACCGAAGACUGUUAUUUUAGUUUUAUAGAAAAGUUUGUUUGUUUGUCUGUCAUGGCUGAAUUUUUGCCUGAUGUGGACGACGUGGAUGAAAUUGCAUUUGAUUUUGAUGGCCGGCCGUAUCUAUUUGAGCCGGAGUACACAGAUGAAGAGCUUCAAGAAAUUGAAGAACGGACGAGGAGAGACGGAGUUGGGCAACAGGCAGAGGGCACGGAACCAGCUGCUGCAAGGCUGCGAAACACUGGAAACUGGUGGUGUUCCUGUGGGUGCUGUGUACCUUUGCCUACAGAGGAGGAAUGCCUCUGUUGCAGGGAAUGGGACCUUUUGCAGCCAGCUGUGUUUGGGGAUUACCCAGUGGACGGUACACAACGCUGUGUAACGUCAUCAGAGGAUUUCCCCUCCUUGAUCAACAGGGCAGUGCUAGAGACCUUCUUCCAUGUUCCCAAAAUCAACUGGAAGAGGCGGCCAAGACCACAGGGAGAAAACGGCCAGCUGUCUAUUGACCAAUGCAGACUAGUGGCUUACCGUGUGGUGCUGGAGUGGGCGCUCAGAGGAGAGCGUCUAGGUCGUGGCAAUAGGAGAGUGUUGCCUAGAUGUAUAGUUAUGGCUAUAAGAAGCAAGUACCCCUCUCCCACCGGCACUUACACUGGCUUCAACGAGGCAGAGGACAUCUUCAAUAUACUGUAAAUAUUUCUGUACACGUACAUAUCACUGUAAGAUUCAAUCUUUUACAAUAAAGUAAUAACAAUAGCACAGCUGUGUUUCUAUCUCUUUAUUUUAAACCACAAACCAACACCCCCACAACC